AUCCUUAUUGGAAGUAAGAUUGCUCAUGUGGGGAUUCCUGUUUGAAAGAAUGCCAUGAUGCCAACAGCUCUUACUUAAACAAAAUCUCCAAGCAGGUGGAGUCAAAGCAGCAGCAUGUGAUAAGACGGAGACGUUUAUAAAGAAUGUGUCCUGUGACAGGUUAAAACAGUUUCACAGAGGACUGUAAUGAAGACACAUUUCAUAGCAGCAGAUGUACUGAAUGUGAAAAUAUGAAUAUAUCAAAUUCUACUGUGGAUUUCAGUGGAUUACUGGGCAGAAAACAGAUUGAUGUUCUCUCUACAUUGUACAUAGUGUUGCUCUCUCUCAGUGUAACUGGGAGUUGUUCAGUCUUGCUGGUUUCAACAGUAAGAUGGAGACACCUAAGAGGACAAGUUCACCUCUUGGUGCAGCUCUCUCUGGCCGACCUGCUGGCUGCUAUCAUCCUGCUGUAUACCGGUGUCAUAAACAAAGUUCACCCUUUCAAUGGCGUCGUCUGCCCAUACCUCCUCCCCUUGUCACUGACAUUCUAUUUCAUUUCAUUCUUGUUGGCCGUCGUUUAUGCCUUGAAGUCGAGGAAUGCUAUCCAGGGCUGGAGGGACAGAGCAUCAGAUGAAGAAGAUGAACAUAGUCAGUGUAGGAGAAAAAUCAAAGCGAUUCCUUUAUAUGCCUUUGUGUGGUUGACGCCAGUUGCCAUUUACUUUGCUUAUGUGUGCACUCUGUUGAUAAAACCUGCCACAUUAAUUCCUACAACCUCCAGCUCACAGUAUGGGCUCAGUGAUAACGGUAGCUCGUACUGUCACAGCUGUAUUUUGUUCUUGCAUGUCUGGAAGGAUCCUUGUGUUGGAGUGGAUGAGACACAUGAUACUUUCAUCAGAGCUUUCCUUGCCAUUGCAGUGAUAACAGCAAUGUUGUCUUGCUCUGUUAUUUAUUGGAAAAUCGGGAAGUGGCAUGAAAAGUACAUGCAAGUUGGGCUCUUCCCUGUGGAGGGAGAUGGGCAUUCAAGAAGGCAAUUCAGAAGAGUGUUUUCUACAGCACGAAAUAUCGUUAUGGUCAUAUUAUUCUGUUGGGCUCCAGCGCUCCUCCUUCUUCUGAUGUCUCCCUUGAUCCAAAGGAAUGUUAAACAAGACAGUUUAUAUUGGCUGUAUUUGAUACAGGCUGCCACUGUGUCUCUCCAAGGAUUCCUAAACAGUAUGGUCUACGCCUGGAGACGACCUAACUUCACAGAUGCUGUUCUUGGGGAAUUCACACCUCUGCUGAGAUAUAAACACAGGCCCUUCUUUGAGGAAUCUUUUCAGUCACUGACAAAAAAAAAUGCACUUACUGAUGUUGUUAUGCUCUGACAUGGAGCACUGAUCUCAGAAAGACAAACUGGACACUUUAUGACAACAUGGCUGUGUAACCUGAAACACAAACUCAACUUGUGAACUGAAAAUGUAAAAAAGAUUGUAUUUUUAAUGAAGGAAAAAGCUUAUACGUAUGUUACUGAAACCAUUGUGUGAAUUUUGUCAUCCUUUGAUUGAAGUUGUAUUUAUAUCACUUAUAAUUUAGGUUUAAAUGUGUUAAGGAUAUAUGGUAUUCUCUUUAUCAGUUUAUACAGAUGUAUAGAUGCUUGAAGAUAAAAGAAACAACUAAUUUUAUGUCAUUGUCUUUAAAGUGUUUUGUAAUUGGUCUUAUCUUGGUAUGUCUAUCAUUUUAUAUUUAUUCAUUUUGAUCAUUAAAAGGUUUCUAUGACCAACCAUUCA